GGAGAGCGGACCGGAUCAGCGAGCGUGAGAAAGCAGCCGCUGCCGCUGCUUCCCGUCGCCUUUGGAGGGAGAGAUUCCGCUGUGCAUGUCUCUCUCCUUCCUCCUCCUCCGUCCGCCCUCACUCCUUCCCGACGCGUAGCAGCCUCCCCUAAUCUCCGCGAGGGGGAGGGAGAAGAAGGGUGGGCGGAGGUGGGGCAGGGGUGGCGGUGGGUGCCGGCGAGGGAGCGAAGAAGGCAGGCAGGAAGCAGCAGCGGCGGCGGCGGCGGCAGAGACGAUGGAAGAGAAGGUCUUCACGAAGGAGCUCGACCAGUGGGUCGAGCAGCUGAACGAAUGCAAACAGCUCUCGGAAGGGCAAGUCAAGAGCCUGUGCGAGAAGGCUAAAGAAAUCUUAACAAAAGAAUCCAAUGUUCAAGAAGUAAGAUGUCCAGUAACAGUUUGUGGAGAUGUCCAUGGACAAUUUCAUGAUCUCAUGGAACUUUUCAGAAUUGGAGGCAAAUCACCAGACACAAAUUACUUGUUUAUGGGGGACUACGUUGAUAGGGGAUACUAUUCUGUUGAAACAGUAACACUCCUGGUAGCGCUUAAGGUCCGUUAUCGUGAACGCAUCACAAUCCUUCGAGGGAACCAUGAAAGCAGGCAAAUUACCCAAGUAUAUGGUUUCUAUGAUGAGUGUUUAAGGAAAUACGGAAAUGCAAAUGUCUGGAAAUAUUUCACAGAUCUUUUUGACUAUCUUCCUCUUACUGCUUUGGUGGAUGGACAGAUUUUCUGUCUACAUGGUGGACUCUCUCCAUCUAUAGAUACACUGGAUCAUAUUAGAGCACUUGAUCGUCUUCAAGAAGUUCCACAUGAGGGUCCAAUGUGUGAUUUGCUGUGGUCAGAUCCUGAUGAUCGGGGUGGCUGGGGUAUUUCUCCUCGAGGAGCUGGCUAUACUUUUGGACAAGAUAUUUCAGAAACUUUCAACCAUGCUAAUGGUCUUACGUUGGUUUCAAGAGCUCAUCAGCUGGUAAUGGAGGGAUACAACUGGUGUCAUGAUCGGAAUGUAGUAACAAUUUUUAGUGCUCCAAAUUAUUGUUACCGUUGUGGUAACCAAGCUGCAAUUAUGGAGCUCGAUGAUACUUUAAAAUACUCAUUUUUGCAGUUUGAUCCGGCACCACGCAGAGGUGAACCACAUGUUACUCGUCGCACCCCAGACUACUUUCUGUAAUGAGAUUUUCCACUUGUACAGUAUUGCCAUGAACCAUGUGUUGACCUAAAGGAACAUGGGAAGAGCAACAGUAACUCCAAAGUGUCAGAAAACAUUUAACAUUGAAAUCUGUUUUCACAUGGACCAAAAGAUGUGCCAUAUUGAAAUUCAAAGCCUCUUGUCUGUCAGCGACUGUGACCACUUUAGAAUGAACCAGUUCAUUGCAUGCUUGAAGCAACAUUGUUGGUCAAGAAAUCAGUUUCUGGCAUAGUUCUACUUGUAGUUACUUUUGCUUUCUCUGAGAGACUGCAAAUAUUAAUACGUAGACAUUUAACACUUCGUGAAUUACAAGUAACUUUCCAUUUAGCUUUAGCUUUCCAGCAUGAUUGUAGAUAAGAAUAGCAAAUUAUCAUUGAAGCUUAAUGAACAUUUUAAAUAAGCACCAAGACUGACUUUUCUUAUUUGUGUUCUUAUUGUUUUUUAGAGAAACAAUUUAAUUUAAUUGUAUUAUUGUUUCAUCUGAACUCUGUUCCCACUCCCAUUUGUUUCUCUCACACAUUUCCUCUACAAAGUGUCCCAUGUAUGUGUUCAUCAUAGUGAAUUACUUUGAAAGAACAAUUUAUUUCUGUAAGUUGUUGCUGCAGGAGCGUGUUGCAGCAUUUUUCAUAAUAAACUUGUGAACUAAG